GAGAGCCCCCGACCUCCCUCCUUCUCCUCUCCUGCGGAAAACCCUAGCCGCCGAAGAGAGCCCCCGACCUCUCCCCCCUCCUUCUCCUCUCCUGCCGUUCUACCGUGCGGAGAGAACCCCCGACCUCUCCCCCCUCCUUCUCCUCUCCUGCCGUUCUGCCGCGCGAAGAGAACCCCCGACCUCUCCCCCCUCCUUCUCCUCUCCUGCCGCGAGCCCUAGGAGAAGCGCCGAGCUCUCCCCUCUCCUGCCGCGAGCCCUAGGAGAAGCGCCGAGCUCUCCCCUCUCCUGCCGCGUCCUCUCCUCGGCGCCCUAGCAGAAAAGUUUUUCCUUUUCCGUCCCCCAUCGCCGCACCUCUCUCGAAUUAUCUCGCAUCUCUCCCUCUCCUGGAGGCCUCGCCGGGUGGUGCCGCCGCCUUCUCCUUUGAUGACCUCGCUCUCAUCCUCUCUCCGGAACCUCCCCCUUCUCGGCAUGCAACCUCGAAGAAUUGCCUUCGAUCUCCUUACCGCCGGUCAAAUCUUCAGGACCACAAGAAAAGCUUUCACUUGCUGCCCAUCUCUCCUCUGCCUCCUUGUCUGCCCCUUCUCACUCAUGGACAGCACCAACGUAGCUGCCACAGGGGUGGGUUGGUAUAUCCUUGGUGAGAAUCAAGAAAAUUUUAACCCAUAUUCCCUCUCGGAUUUGCAAGUACAUUUUGCAAAUGGAUAUAUCUCAGAAAGCACCCUUAUGUGGUCAGAAGGGAUGAAAGAGUGGACUCCAUUGUCUUCAAUUCCUGAGUUAUACUCAGGCAUGCCUAAUCGGAAAUUUAAUGGUUCUGCUUCAGCAGACAUGCCAGAAGAAGAGGAUGACUUCACUAAAUGGCAGAAGGAGGUCCAAGAAGCCGAGGCAGUGGCUGAGGCAUUAAAAAAUGGCACUAGUCAUAGUACUCUUGUGGACAAGGAUGGGGGUGUAUACGAAGGAACAAAAAUAGACACUGAUAAUCAACCCUCUACUCCUCCAGACGGGGAGGAUGAAUUUACUGAUGAUGAUGGAUGCACAUACAAGUGGGAUCGUGCUUUAAGGAAAUGGGUUCCUCAAGAUAACUUACCAAGUGAAACAAACAAGUAUGCGGUUGAAGAUAUGAUCUUCACACGGGAGGAGGAAGUAUUUCCUACAUCAACAAUGCCUGAGUCAUCUGUUACUGAAGAAAAAGAAUCUGCUACAAACAUUAUGGAGUCAAAAUCUGAGACAAAGAGAAAGCUGAAUGAUAAGACAACUGAAAAAAAGGAAGCUAAUAAACCUCCAGAUGGUUGGUUUGAUCUAAAAGUGAAUACACACAUUUAUGUUACUGGGUUGCCUGAUGAUGUUGCCGCUGCUGAAAUUGUGGAAGUAUUCUCAAAGUGCGGCAUCAUAAAAGAGGAUCCUGAAACAAAAAAGCCUCGUGUAAAAAUCUACACUGAUAAAGAAACAGGCAUAAUAAAGGGUGACGCACUUGUUUCAUACUUGAAGGAGCCAUCUGUUGCUUUAGCAAUCCAACUUUUGGAUGGAGCACCUCUUCGUCCUGGAGGAAAGACUCUUAUGUCUGUAAGCCAAGCUAAGUUUGAGCAAAAAGGGGAAGUAUUUAUAGCAAAGCAAACUGACAAGAGAAAGAAAAAGAAAUUGAAAAGAGUUGAAGACAAGAUUCUUGGAUGGGGUGGACAUGAUGAUUCAAAGGUGCAAAUUCCAGCUACUGUCAUUUUGCGCAAUAUGUUCACCCCUGCUGAGUUAAGGCAGGAUGAUGAGACUCUUAAGCCAGAACUUGAACAAGAUGUUAGGGAAGAGUGCUCAAAGUUGGGGGCUGUUGAUUCAGUCAAGGUGUGUGAGAAUCACCCACAGGGUGUAAUUUUAGUGAAAUACAAGAACCAGAAAGAUGCUGAAAAGUGCAUUGAGCUAAUGAAUGGAAGAUGGUUUGGUGGAAAACAAAUACAUGCAAGCAUAGACAAUGGCUCUAUCAACCAUGCUCUUAUCCGUGAUAUAGAUGCCGAGGUGUCAAGGCUUGAACAGUUUGGCGCGGAGCUGGAUGCAGACUGAGUUCACUUCACAAAAUGCAUUUGUUGUGAGUUGGAUGGAAUGAAUAUUUAUGUAGCUUGCAAGUAGUUGAAUCCAUCUUUAAGAUUGUAACUACUGAUGAGCUUUGAAUCUUGGUACUUUCUUCUA